AUGUUUCAAAAUCAUUCUUGUGGUCUUGAAUCAAGCCGUAUAGCGAUUGAUAUUGAAGUUGUUGUUCAUCAUAUCGAUCUUGUUGUAGCUGUUGCAUGGUUUGGAACUGGAGCUGUUGUGAUUGAUAUCGAAGUUGCUGUUCAUUAUAUCUCUCUUGUUGAAGUUGUUGCAUAUGCUAGUAACACGCAAGACGACGAUGAUGAUGGUGACAUGGAGGAUGAAGAUCAGUUGGGUGGGCUGGAUGCAGAUGGAGAUAGCGUUAAAUCUGAAACAAACCUGAAUGGUGACAAGGAUGGUGGGAAACCACAAGAUGAUUUAGAGUUGUCGGAUACUGAAAGUGAUCUAGAUCAAACUCUUCAAUUCCUCUCCCAACGUUUCCGCAACACUCGCUCUCCAGCACCAAAUCCUCGCCGCCAAGCAGAAUCCUCCCUCUCUGAAGCUGCCAACACUCCCAACUUCGGCCUCGUCGUACUCCGCCUCAUCGUCGAACCAGUCGUCGAUGCUCAGAUCCGUCAAUCCGCAGCCGUCAACUUCAAAAACCACCUCCGUCUCCGAUGGGCGUUAGAAGAGCGCUCCAUCCUUGAAGCCGAGAAAGAACAUAUCAAAACCCUAUCCGUUUCUCUCACGCUUUCCGUUUCUUCCAAAACCCAUUAUCAACUUAGCGAAGCCCUAACUAUCAUCGGUAAACAUGAUUUCCCUAAAGCAUGGCCUACGCUUCUCCCUGAACUCGUCGCCAGUCUCCAGAAUGCAUCUCAGUCUCAUUCCAAUGAUCUUUGGAUUGAUUUGAAGCAUUUUGUCGAUAACUUUGUUGCUCCUUUGCUUGAUAUUUUGCUUAAGACUGUGUUGUUUAUUGACGCUGCUGCUACGGCGGUAUCUCCACCACCUGUGGCGAACCUCCGUCAACUGUUUGAGUCGCGGAAAUUAUAUUGCAACUUAUUCGCGGAUCACGUUAGGGAAUGGAUGAGUGGGUUUCGAAAAUACCUUACUACUAGUUACCCUAUUCUUGAGGGCAAUGGAGAUGGUCUUGCUCUUGUGGAUGAACUUAGGGCUUCUGAUUGUGAUAAUAUUAAUCAUUAUAUGGAAAAGUAUGAGGAGGAGUUUAAGGGGUUCUUGAAUGAUUUUGCACUUGUUAUGUGGACUUUGUUGGGGAAUGUGUCACAGUCGAGUAGUCGUGAUCAACUUGCCAUCACAGCUAUAAAGUUUUUUACCACAAUUAGCACCGAUAUUCGCCAUAAUUUGUUUGCUCCCGAUAGGAUUAUACCACGGAUUUUCCAAGGCAUUGUGAUCCCUAAUGUGAGGCUGAGGGAAGAUGAUGAGGAGCUGUUUGAGAUAAAUCUUAUUGAGUAUAUUAGGAGGGUUAGGAAGGCUCUGUAAAAGCUCAGACCUCCAUCAGUGACAGAACUGUUGCUGUCUUAUAAUGGUGAUUCAUGUCAAAUUCAAAUGCUUGGUUUAGCUAAAAAGCCACCUGAUGGAUCCCAAAGCAGCAUUGCUUGUGACUGCUCUUCUCAA